AUGCUAUCCUUUAAAUCUCGAGGAGGAAAAUGGAGGGAAAGGAAUACUGGAAGGAGAGGCAUGUCUAGGACCGACACAGUUCCAACUCCAGCCCCACCACUGGGCGAUAUCCUCGCAGCUAUUCAACAUAAUGACCUUGAAGAGGCAAAGGACGAAAAAGACAGUGCUGCUCAGAUCACCGGCAGUCAGUAUCUGACAUCGUACAACUGGCUUGACAAGAGCAGUCAUCAAAUCAUUGUUCCAGGUGAAGACUCCCGCGAGCCACCGGCCUGGACACCACUUUUACGCCCUACCAAGCUCCGAGAAGACUCAGGCCAGUACUAUCGCGAUCUAAAUGCCGCACGAUACCCGACGUAUCCAUUGGAACCAAUGAUCCGCGCAAUUUUAACGGACAAGCCCGACUUUUCCUUGGCCAACUUGGAUAUCGUAGGUUGCGGGAGCACAAUGGGUAACUUGCUGCGUUUUGCACGGGGUCAAAAUCAGCCCUUCAGAAUAAUUGUCGAGCUGGUGGGCCAGACAGUUUUCCUGAUCCGAAGGGAGAACUCGCCUACUGAGAGGAUCCCCGAUGUCCGGGGAUACGGACAUACAUUCCCAGAGGCAUACACCACGUGGAACGCUCGUGUCAAAGGGUCGGAAUCCCAUCAGCGGUUGAUAAACUAUGAUUUUGCAGGCCUCAACUGCCUGGUUCGUUUCGAGGCUGAUGGGUAUUUGCCCCAGUUGGUUCCCGGCUUGAAGACAAUGCAGAACCACGACCCCGAGACUGAAAAAGAACAAGAAGAGGGUCUUCUAGCGUCACUAGAGGGAACAGUGAUCGUGAGUUGCCAUCCCGUCGAUGUAGCUGAUAUGUCGAAUGAGCUGGAAAUCACCAAGGGGGGUCAGCAUAUUCCACAGUCUGCUGUGUUUGACUUGAAGACUCGGUCUAUUAAGAGAAUGGAUGUUGACACUUUGGGAGAUGAGCUAGCACGGUUGUGGAUUGGGCAGAUACCUAACUUUGUUCUUGCGUAUCACAAGUCUGGAACGUUUGAAGAUAUCCGUGUUCAGGAUGUGCGAGAGAAGAUCAAGCAUUGGGAAAGCUCCCACCAAGUGGAGUUGGUCAAAUUCGCCAAUUUGCUUCAUAUGAUUAUUUCAUUCGUUCGGAGCACGGAGAGUGGAAAAAUUGAGAUUGAGCACGAAGAGGGUGUUCAGACGUUGAAUUUAAGGGCCCAGGGUGGCGGUGUCAACAACGUUUUGCCGGUGACAGUCAGAGACAAGUGGGAUCACGAGUCUGAUUUGGAUGAAAGUCCCACUCCAGCGGCUGUUCUCUCUGACUCUUGCCUUUAA